CUCUGUGUUCAGCGGAGAGGAGCUUAAUACACAACACAAACAAUGCAGAGACCAGCAAAAGCAAAGACUCCUCGGAGGCCGGGGCCGAAAAAGGCAUCCAACAUAGAGAAAGAUCCGGUUGGAGUAUACUGUCGUAUACGCCCACUUGGAGCAGAAGAUGAGGAAUGUUGUGUUGAGAUGAUCAGCAGCUCCACAAUUCAGUUACAUGCUCCCGAUGGACUUAAAGCCAACCGCAAUGGGGAAUUCAAAGAGACACAGUACUCAUUUAAAAAAGUAUUUGGUAUUAACACCAAUCAAAUAGAGCUGUUUGAGGAUGUUGCCAAGCCUCUGAUAGAGGACCUUAUUCAUUGUAAAAACGGUCUGCUGUUUACGUAUGGUGUUACUGGAAGUGGGAAGACCUUCACCAUGACCGGCUCACCUGGUGAAGGUGGACUCCUCCCCCGCUCUUUAGACAUACUCUUCAACACCAUCGGUCCCUUUCAGGCCAAACGAUUUGUGUUUAAACCAGAUGAAAAAAAUGGGAUGGAGAUCCAGGGUCAAGUUGAUGCUCUCCUGGAGAGGCAGAAGCGAGACAAUCAGCAGUCUGUGCCCAAAACGCCAUCCUCCAGGCAGAAGGCUGACCCAGAGUUCGCGGAUAUGAUCAGCUCAGAGGAGGCGUGCAAAUUUGAGAAUGUGGAUGAAGACUGUUGUUACAGUGUUUUUGUGUCCUACAUCGAGAUCUACAACAACUAUAUCUACGAUCUGCUCGAAGAUGCUCCGUUUGACCCCAUCAGACCAAAGUGGCUCGGUGGAGGCACGCCUGUGCGGAACAAUGAGCUCAUAGCGCCCCAAUCAAAGAUUCUCCGUGAAGAUCAGAAUCACAACAUGUACGUGGCGGGCUGCACAGAAGUCGAGGUCAAAUCGACAGAAGAUGCUUUUGAAGUCUUUUGGAAGGGACAAAAGAAAAGGAGGAUAGCCAACACUGAACUUAACUGUGAAUCCAGUCGCUCUCACAGCGUGUUCACAGUAAAGUUGGCUCAGGCACCACUCGAUGCUGAUGGGGACCACAUUCUACAGGACAAAAACCAGGUGAACGUGAGCCAGCUGUGUCUGGUGGACCUGGCCGGCAGCGAGCGCACCAGCAGAACCAGAGCCGAGGGGAGCCGUCUGCGCGAAGCGGGUAAUAUUAACCAGUCCCUGAUGACGCUGCGCACAUGUAUGGAAGUCCUGCGUGAAAACCAGAUGUGUGGAACUAAUAAGAUGGUGCCGUACAGAGACUCUAAAGUUACACAUCUGUUUAAAAACUACUUUGACGGAGAAGGAAAAGUCAGGAUGAUUGUGUGCGUCAACCCAAAGGUGGAUGAUUAUGACGAAACUAUGCUGGUGAUGCGUUUCGCGGAGAUGACCCAGGAGGUGGAGGUGGCGCGGCCGAUUGACCGGCCAAUCUGUGGCCUGGCCGCAGGACGCCGACACAGAAACCGCGCCUUCAAAGAUGAGCUGUCGCGUCGCCUGGAUGAGCGAGGCGGUCCAAAUAAUGCCCCCGAUGACCCAGCUCUCCUCAAUCAGCUCAUGGAAAGCCUUCCGGCCCUGCCCAACUUCGAGCUGGUGGACCCAGCUGAUGAUCAGUCGUUGCCCCGCCUGAUUGAGAUCCUGGAAACGAGGCACCGUGUCCGUCAGAUGAUGGCACAGCAGUACGACCAAACCGCAAAUACACUGAAGUCCAUGUUCCAGCAGAUCGACGGUCAGAUCAAUGCAAAGGAGACGUUCCUUCAUGAUCAACGAUGCAAACUGAGCGAGAAAGACAAAGUCAUCGUCAGCCAGGGGGCGGAGCUCGAACGGUUGGAGAGAAAAUCCAAGACGUUGGAAUACAAGGUGGAUAUCCUGCAGAAGACGACGGACAUGUAUGAGCAGGAGAAGCGUUUACUGCGGCAGGAGCUGGAGACGCGGGAGCAGCGGCUCCAGAGAGAGCGGGACAGGAGGCGCAUGGAGCAGCGCAUGCAGGGCAUGGUGACGGACACCAAAUUCAAGUGGGAGAAGGAGUGUGAGAGGCGAGUGAACGCCAAGCAGCUGGAGAUGCAGAACAAGUUGUGGGUGAAGGACGAGAAGUUGAAGCAGCUCAAGGCCAUAGUGACAGAGAGCAACAGCAGCAGUGGCGUCGGCGUGUUUCCCACCGAGCGUCCAGAGAAACCAGAGAGGCCCUCGCGGGAGAGGGAUCACAACGUCGGCCAGGCGAGGUCCGCCUCGCCAUCGCCGCUUCACGACUUCAGCCAAACUCCCUCCCACCCAAAUCCAGCCAGUGUUAGGGCCGUUCAGGACGCUUACCCCGACAGCACCACCUCCUCCUCCUCCUCAGCAUCCUCAGCCUAUCCCUCAGUAUCCUCCUGCAUCUCUGAUUGGGAGCACAGGUUCCCCGUAGACUCGAGCGGCCGAGCUAGGCACUCUGGGACUCCGCAGUUCAGGAGCCGGACUCCCGCCCCGUGCCUCGGCGCCAGCAGCGUGGGUCGCAGGAGAGGCCAGCGCUGGGCCGCAGACACCGAGGCCCCUGCUCCGACUCUCGUCUCUGGGCUAGACCUAGAGUCAGGCACAAGGACGGGCACUCCGGUUCAUCCAAUGCACCGGCGCUCACACUCGGCGGGUGGGGAGAAAUGGGUAGACCACAAUCCGGCUUCUAAUUUGGACCUAGACUCUGUCAUGCAGCCAAUCUUGCCCAAUGCAAUAACGGUGUCGACCCCAAAUGAGAAAGCUCUGUCCAAAUGCCAAAAGUAUGUGCUGAGACAUCAAGAGCUUGCCUCAGACGGGGAGAUCGAGACCAAAUUGAUCAAGGGCAAUGUUUUUAAGACGAGAGGCGGCGGACAGGCGGUCCAGUUCACCGACAUUGAGACGCUUAAACACGAGUGCCCAACGGCAUCAAGUCGCAAGAGAGGCUCCGGGUCUGAAGACGGAAUGGAGGACAUAGAAAAUAGGGCUCCAGUGGCAAGCACAAGUUCAGGCUUCGGGUAUCAAAAACGCAGGAAGCCGUAAUUUGCUGGAGAUAUGAAGGAACUUCUUUUAUUUCUUUUUCUUAAACACGCAAUAUUUUGCCUGACUAUCGGGACAAUGAAGAGACCGCCAUGCGAAACUAUGCAUCUUUUUCUGGGCAUUUUUCUAUUAUGACUGAUUUUAUUACACAUUUUUAGGGUGCCGUUCUAGUUUGAUCAUAGUUGAUCAAUCAAGUGUCGAUUGUAAUUUGCUGGAUUAAUGUGUAUUUUGUUUGUUUUGUUUAAUGCUAGAUUGAUAACUUCUUAAAGACACAGACAUUAAGUUGCCCAAUAUGAAUAUCCCAUCACACAUGUAAUGUUUUCUUACAUAUUUUCACUGCUACCCAAAGACUAGACUAUUUGAGCUUUUGAACAAUAGAAAAUGUUAAUUUUUUUAUCUAUAGUGUCAUUCCUGGCCUUUUUAUCCAAGGGAUACUCAUUUAUUGAUGAUCCACUGAGCACAUGGCGGAGUAAAAAAAAAAAAAGCCUGCAUUUUUAGAAUAACAAUAUGCUGACAUGUAAAUAAAGCUGGUAUGUACAUUUUUGCAAAAAGUCAAUCUCGGACUAACUGUCAAUACAUUUUGAAAUGUUUUACUUCUGUUAAUUGAAACGGCUCCUGAGACGUGUAACACACGUUCCUUUCUGCUGGCAUUAAAUAUAUUCAAACACCAA